AUGUCCCAGCUCUUCGCGGCCCACGCCGGCCCCGCGGCCGCCGGCUCCGCGCCCGCUGGUCUGCCGGAGAUCGAGUACCCUUCCCCGCUCUCCGCGCUGCCAGACGAGCCGCUGCCCUUCUUGGUCAAGAACACGUUCGUGGUCCCGGCGCACCUCGAGCCCUCCUCGCUGCUGGGCUCCUCGGUCUUCGCGCCGCGCGCGGCGCGCUCGUGCCCCAGCAGCGGGUGCCCGGGCGCGCGCGGCCCCGGCGGCGGCUCCCAGGGGGAGGAGGAGGAGGCGCCCGCCACCUCCUCCGCGUCCAGGAGCACCUCUGCCGGCGCCUCCUCGCGCGCCAGCUCGGCGGCCCCCCCCGGGGCGCUGCCGCAGUUCGCCUGCCCCGCGCCCGAGUUCACCGUUCGCAACACGUUCAUCGACACCGUGGCCGGGCGGCUCUCCUCGAUGGUGGACGGGGCGCUGGCGGAGCGCCGGGCCCGCUCCUGCCCCUCCAGCGGCUUCGGCCUGCCCGACGCCUGGGUGGCCCUGUCCGAGGUGGCGGCCCGGCUCGAGGCCGACGCUGGCGGCGCCGAGGAGGACGAGUUCGUCCCGACGCCGGCCGUCUGCUCGCAGCGCGCCGAGGAGGACGAGGACGGCUUCCUGCCGGCGCCCGUCGCGUUCAUGUCACGCGCCGAGGACGAGGCCUGGGACUCGCCCGUGGCGCCGGCGCUCUGGGCGCCCCUCUCCUUCAUGCCGCCGCCUCCGCCAGUGGCGCCGCCCCCGGCCGCGCUGGUGGCCGAGGCCGCGCCAGCGCCGUCUGCCCCCGCCACCGCGCCGCUGGGAUCGCCAGAGUGCCCCACCGUCGGCUCGGCACUCCACUGCCAGGGGGCGUGCAGGCCGUGCGCCCACGCGUUCACCAAGGGCUGUGCGAACGGGGUCGGCUGCCAGUUCUGCCACCUGUGCGAGCCGGGCGAGCUCAAGCGUCGCCAGAGGGAGCGCCGCAUCCAGCUGGCUCGGCAGAAGCCGUCGGAGCCGCGCGCCGAGGCUGGCGGCAGCGCGAGGGGCCGUCGAGGUGGCAAGAGGGCCUGA